AAAAGUCACACAAAUUGGCGACAAAAUGACGGCAUUUAUGGAUAGCCUUCACAAACAUCUGAUUCAAAGAAAAUGCUUUCAAAAGACGAGUUUUCUUGCGAUCAAUGAAUUGAUUGCCAUUUGAUGAUCAUUUCGGUGAAUAAUAAGAGAUCAGUGAAGACAUGAGUGGAAAGAGGAGACAUUCGGACGACGAGGAGGUGGACGCGCACGAAGACCACGACAUUCCCGACUCACUGACGGCCACAGCUGUUCCCAAAGACCAGCUCUUGAGGCCGAAGCUGUUCAAGAGCUCCAGAAAUGACUCGAAACGACUGAUCAUUAUCUUAGAGAAAUGCAACCUCGAGAUCGUUAAGACACACAACGACUUCGAGCUCUUGAACUGCGAUCAACACAUGGGUCAGAUCCGAAAAUACAAGAAGGACCCGGCUUUCUGUCGCCCAGACAUCACUCAUCAGUGUCUGUUAAUGCUGUUCGACAGCCCCCUCAACAGAGCGGGUCUCCUGCAGGUGUAUCUCCACACCGACCGCAAUGUCCUCAUUGAGAUCAACCCUCAAACACGAUUCCCGCGGACUUUC